ACGAGGACAACAGUUCUAAUAACAAAGAUUUUAGGAUAUUGACAGUGAUGUAUGGCAUUUGCUGGUUUCGCGACUUACCACCACGUUGGGACUGCAUGAGGAGAUCAUCGGGAGACCGGGGAUUCGACAUUGCGGUGGUGAUGUACGGUUAUCAACAGCAGAUAUCACAACGAGCUAUGAUUUGGAAUGAAACCAGCUGCAGUCUUGGCUGCUGGUGGGCAGAGGUUAGUAGUGAGCUGAGCGUACGGGCUGUAGCUCUGUACAGGGCUGGUAGACCGUGACUGGCUAUAGGAAAACAACGCGAGGCAGGUGGCACACGAACCGCGUGAUUUCCCGUCUCUUUUUUCAACUCUGGAAAUACGACUGCUGUUUGCUCAACCCCGCAAUAUAUGCGCCGCAAAACUCGAUGGGGCGAUUGGAUCGCAGUAGAAGGAUGGCAAGUGGUCGACGUCGUUCGUAUUUUGCGGGAGGUGCAAUUACCGGUAGCGAUUCAAGGAAUUCCACGAAUAUCGACAGGAGAUGCGAGAUGUGGCGUCGAGAGAUAUGAUAGGGACCUACUAAUGCAAGUCAAAGGGCCUCGAGAUGUAUAGUUGAAAUACCGAGAACGGGAAUUCCAAAGCAUACAUCGACUUGGAAAAGCGAUAGGUUUGCCGCACUGGUCCCAAGGUGACAGUUACCCGCCAAAAGAGUCUGAUCAGCUGAGAUGGCCCAGAGAGAACGACAGGCCAAUGGACUAGUGCAGAUUGGACAAGUCUAUGCUUCUUCUUCAGCUC